UCAGUUCAUAAACAACCCGCAGCCGAAGUGUGGACCCUCGCGUCCUGAGGAGUAUGGGAAAGUAGUAUGCUUUGAAAUGGAAUAUAAAGAUGCAACAAAAGCCCCAUUUUGUGUUGAUUAGUUUUUUCUUCCUUAACAAUCAACGACAUGUUUGACCUUAUAUUCCUGAGGUGCUGUUGUUUCCUCCGGGAGGAGAAGCUGCAGACUCGCCUACUGUUCAGUGUGAGAGAAUAGUGCGCGUUGUGUGAAAUUGUGCUGUUGCGAAACCCGGAGAUAAAAGUUCAGCUCCUGGUUUUGUCCUUGAUCACUUUGAAAGUCGGCUGGUUGUGGAGCUCCUGACCAACACCGAUCAACGCUGAGCAGGACACAGCAGAAGUUUAAUCUGUGUGUGUGUGUGAGGAAGAGAGAGAGAGACCCGUCAGCUCCUGUUAAUCAUCUCUGAGAGACAGCAGCAUGUUACCUGAUCAGGAUGGACAGAACACUGAAGGAGGAGGAGCAAGUGAAGAUCCCUCCGUUUCUCUUUUCAGGGAAUAUCUCCGUCUGAAGACAGUUCAUCCGGAACCAGACUAUGAUGCUGCUAUCAGGUUCCUUGGCAGGAUUUCAGAGGAACUUGGUUUGCCCAUGAAGAAAGUGGAGGCGUGUCCUGGGAGAGUCGUGACCAUCCUGACAUGGACAGGCACGAAUCCCGCGCUGAAGUCUGUCCUUCUCAACUCUCACACUGACGUCGUUCCUGUUUACCAGGAGCACUGGAAGUACGAUGCAUUCGCUGCUGUGAAGGAUGCUGAGGGGAACAUCUAUGGUAGAGGAUCCCAGGACAUGAAGUCGGUUGCCAUACAGUAUAUCGAAGCUAUUCGACGUCUGAAGGCUGCAGGGAAGACGUUCCCUCGCACCGUUCACUUGACAUUUGUCCCAGAUGAAGAGAUCGGCGGUCUGAAAGGAAUGGAGGCGUUUAUAAAGCACCCGGAGUUUCACAAGCUCAAUGUUGGCUUUGCUUUGGAUGAGGGUCUAGCCAAUCCCACAGAAACCUUCACAGUGUUUUAUGGAGAGAAGAAUCCUUGGUGGGUGACUGUUCGGUGUCCAGGCAGUCCGGGUCAUGGCUCCAGGUUUGUGGAAAACACAGCUGCUGAAAAACUGCGCCGGGUCAUUAAUUUCUUCCUGGAUUUCAGAGAGAGAGAGAGACAGCGACUUGAUGCGAAUGAGUGUUUCACACUGGGUGAUGUCACCACCGUUAACAUGACAAUGGUGAAAGGAGGCAUGGCUUACAACGUCGUACCUGCCGAGAUGGAUGUCAGCUUCGACAUUAGAAUCCCACCCACUGUCAACCUUCAGGAGUUUGAGGAGCAGAUUAAAGCGUGGUGUAAGGAAGCAGGUGAUGAUGUCACGUACAGUUUUGCUCAGAAAACGAUGACUCAGAACACGACGUCCACAGAGGACAGCGACCCCUGGUGGAGAGCAUUCAGCUCCACAUGCAAGUCCAUGAACAUGACGUUAAAGAAGGAAAUUUUUCCCGCUGCCACAGACAGCCGCUUCAUCAGAGCCGCGAAUCUGCCUGCGCUCGGGUUCUCUCCGAUGAACCACACCCCCAUCCUGCUGCAUGACCACAAUGAGUUCAUCAGUGAGGGUGUGUUCCUCAAAGGCAUCCACAUCUAUGAGACCCUCAUCCCUGCUCUUGCCAGUGUUCCCGCCCUGACCACUGAGGCCUAGACACACACACACACACACACACACACACACACACACACACUCUCUCUCUCUCUCUUUACGCCAGUCUUUCUCUAUUAAAGCACCCCAGUGUAUUGCAUUUCCACCUGCUCUUCAUCUCUCCACCUAAGGUUUUUUAAAAAAAAACACCAAAGAGCUGAGGGAACUCAUCCUGUCCGAGACCUCGGCCUCCUUCUCGCAUGUGCUUCUAAUCCAGCAACUCAGGAUUCUGCGUGUCAAAUCAGAAAUACUAACCUCAGUGUGACAUCGCUGCAGCCUCAGCAUGCUGUUGCUCUGUUACAGUGACGCUUGUUCAUCUGAGUAAACAAGAAGGAAGUCCUAAAUCUGCCUGUCAGUGAGCUCACAAGUAAGCGCUGUGUGUGUAUUAACGAGCAUACUCAUGAAAUAACGAAGGCGGUGAUAAUGUUGAAUUAGAAGUAGGAUGUCUCUGCUUUACUCAUGUUUACAGUCACUUAGCUGCAUAUGCAGUGAUGUUGAUUUUUUACUUGAUGUCACAAUGUUGAUUCAUACGCAUAUCUUAAUUAUUAAAUAUUUUAAAACAUCUAAA